UAUUGACUCUUAGUUCAUUUCCCCCCGAUUUUCUCUGACUUUGCAAACUUACCUGGCUGACACCGCUGUCCUCUCUCUCCCUCCCGCAGGCCGCGCCCAGCUGAGCGACAACACGCCGCCCGUCAUGCACAUCGACCGCGACUGGCUCAUCUCGGACGCGGAGCCCGUGGGCUCGGUGGUGACGCGGGUGCGCGCCAGCGACGCGGAGGGCGACGCGCUCAAGUUCGGUCUGGAGCCGCUGCAGCUGUACCCGCACCCGCAGGGGGAGCCGCCGCCCCCGCUCCCCUUCGCCAUCGACGAGGACACGGGCGUGGUCAAGACCAACGCCUCGCUCAAGGAUCGGGGCGGCGAGCUGAUGCGGCUCUACGUGACCGUGUCGGACGGCACGGUGACGGCCAAGAACGAGGUGGUGGUGAAGGUGUCGGCCGGGCCGGUGUCCGGGGCGGGCGGCGCGGGCUCCUCCCGCAGACCGCCGCGGCCGCCCAACUUCCCGCCGCAGCUCGGGGGCUCGAGCCGCCUCCGGCCGCCGCCCUUCCUGCCCUUCCCGACCAACUUCGUGCCGCCGGGAGUGCCGGUCGCGCCCAUCCACCCGGGCAUCCCCGCCGUCAACCCGGGGCCGCCGCCGAGCCUCCCCGCGGCGACACCCACCCACGGCAGGCCCCCGCCCCCGCCCGUGUGGCCCACCCUGGGGCCCGCCUUCGACAACGCCACCACCAGCACGGCGACGCAGGCCGUGCCCACGCUCGUCUCCACCGUCACGCCGACGCAGGGCUCCGCCCCGGGCGGUGACGCGGUGGCCACGCACUCGCUGCCGGAUAGCCUGCUGGUCAUGGUGCUGCUGGCGGUGCUGUGCAUCGGGCUGGUGCUGGCCGGGGUGCUGGUGCUGCUGCGGAGGCGGCUCUGCGCGCGCCGGGCCGCCAAGGCCUCCAAGGAGGACCUGCACAAGGAGGCGAGCGGGCUGUCCAGCGGCAUGUCCAGCGGCCUCUCCAGCGGCCUGUCCAGCAGCGGCAUGUCCGCGGACGAGCCCAUGGCCAUGCAGCAGUGGCGCGGACCGCGCGCCUUCAGCAACCGCUACGAGGCCUGGGAGUCCAGCGGGAGCGCGGGUGGCAUCCCACCCAUCGCACCGGGGCCGAUCAAGCCGCGCGAUCGAUGGGAGUUCCCUCGCCACCGGCUCCAGGUGUACGACAUCCUGGGCGAGGGCUGCUUCGGCCAGGUGUGGCGCUGCGAGGCUCUCGACAUCGAUGGCAAAGAGGGCAAGUCCAUCGUUGCUGUCAAGACCCUCAAGGAGAACGCCGGCGAGAAGGAGCGGACGGACCUGCUGCAGGAGCUGGCCGUCAUGAAGACCCUGGAGCCGCACCCGAACGUCGUGCGGCUGCUGGGCUGCUGCACGGACAAGGACCCCCUGUUCGUCAUCAUGGAGUUCGUGGCCCGGGGCAAGCUGCAGAGCUUCCUGCGCUCCUCGCGCGCUGAGCGCGACUACGGCAACCUCCACGGCCCGUCCAGGACGCUCACCUCCAGGGACCUCACCUCGUUCCUGUGCCAGGUGGCCAAGGGCAUGGAGUUCCUGUCCUCCAAAGGGAUCAUCCACCGGGACCUGGCGGCGCGCAACGUCCUGGUGACCGAGGACCGGACGUGCAAGGUCGCGGACUUCGGCUUCGCGCGCGACCUCAUGGACAAGAACGUGUACGAGCGCAAGUCCGAGGGGCGGCUGCCCAUCCGGUGGAUGGCGCCCGAGUCGCUGUACGACAACGUGUUCUCCGUCAAGAGCGACGUCUGGAGCUUCGGCGUCCUCAUGUGGGAGGUGGUGACUUUGGGCAGCACGCCGUACCCGGGCAUGGGCGCGGCCGACGUGAUGCGCAAGGUGCGCGACGGCUACCGCCUGGACAAGCCGGAGCACUGCCGCCGGGAGCUGUACAACAUCAUGUUCUACUGCUGGGACCAGGAGGCCAAGGACAGGCCCGACUUCUCCGAGCUGGUGCAGCGCACCGAGGACUUGCUCCUCACCGAGACGGACUACAUCGAGCUCGAGAGGUUCCCGGACCACUCGUACUACAACAUGUCCUCGCUCAGCGGAGAGAAGCUCUGAGCACUUACUCCCCCUUCAUCGAUACCAUUAUACAAAUUUCGUUAUGUUUCGUUCUCACCCUUUUCAUAGUGUUGCCAGCCAGCUCUCUUUCUCUGGUUUGCGCAGAACAAGAUCAUCUGGUUUAAGUGAAAUAUCAUUGGAAAAAUGCUUUCCGUAUGUCCCUGUAUUAUCAGUAAGCAAGUGAAUUUGCACUCUGUGCAUAAAAUCUGUUUUUAUAAACCAGUCGUCACUCAGAAACAAAAGCUGCCUGCCCAUCUUAAUUUUGCAUUGCAAUAUUAUGCAAGAUUUUGUGUUUUCUAGUCUACUUACUGACAUUUCUUUAUCUUCACUUUUGUAUGAGUGACUUUUGUACUGAAGAAUGAAUGAUUAAAUAAGUAUGCUUGUGAUUUUUAAAUAUUGUGAAAGUGUGUGCAUGUUAUUGUGUGUGAGUUGUGAUCAAAAGAUAAGCAGAUAAUGAACAAGGUUUUCUAGGUUUUCGUCCAAAUACAGAACAGCUGUUCUCUGCAUUGUUGCUCACGUCUUGGAAAAAAUUAAGAAUUUUUCUGUUUACAUUGCUGAUUAAUGAUUAAUGUGAUAUUUUACAUUUAUUUUUGAAGUAAUGUAUUACUUGUUAACUUCUAUUUAUAUCAUUAUUGUUUCUGCUAUUUAUUAUACAUUAGUCAAUCAGUGUAGGAGAGUGUUACACUGUUACUGUGCGUACUUGUACUGUUUUUUUACUGUCAGCUACUUAAUUUUAUUUCUGAGCUCAACUACUAGACAAAUGGAAUUUUUGUGGGUAUGGAGCAACCAUGGCAUUGAAAUAAGAAGUAUAGUUUGCGGUCACUCACUACUGCACACCACAUGUUAAUGUUAUGCCAUUUCUGUGAUAGACAUUUUAAAGUAGACUUUUAUGUAAUGAAGUAUGACUCUUAGCACUCAAUACAUUUUUAAAAUGUCUUUUUGUAUAAACUGUAUAGUACAUAAUGUAAAUUAUUAUUUUCUAUAUGUGGUUCUCUGUUG